AUGCCGUCGUCUGAAGGCUUUUUGCGUCAGAGGAAGAAUGUUUUCGAGAAAGGAGAGUCGGGGUCAGCAACUGUUAAGUCAGCGACUCCGGAUGUUGAUCAUACAUCAGAUGCACCGAAGGAAGAAAUAGUAUGGGGGAAAACGCCCUCAGGCGAAGUCUUUCGUGUUCCAACAACUCAUGACGUGUUAACCACCCUGUUCCAUCCUGGUUAUCCUAAAAGCCAUCUUGAUCUUUUGAACCUGGGACUUCUGGGCCUCCAGAUUGUCAUCUAUUUUGCCCUCUCUCGCAAGGCUGCUCAGAUUUUCUUUUUCUUUUACUUCGCGUUCUGGCGCGCAGCAUAUGACGCUGGCCUUGGUUGGGUUCUUACCAAACAAAGUAAGAAGAAAUGGAUCGAAAGGGAAGUUCAAAGACGCGGAUGGCUUGAUGAGAAAAGGCGACCUGCUGUCAGGAACUGGAUCAAGAAACAACUUGUCGAUAAAAUGGGCAAGGAUUACUCAUUCGAUGAAUUACCUUUGGAAUAUAACACUUGGCUUUUGUUUCGUCAGGCUGUGGAUGUAAUCUUGGUCAAUGAUUUUCUGUCCUAUUGCAUGUUUGCCUUCUCAUGUUUCCGGGUCCCAGAAGACUUAUCAGUAAUUGUUCAUAUUAUGAGAUGGGUCGGUGGCAUUGCAUUGAUCGCAUUCAAUCUAUGGGUUAAGACCGAGGCCCACAAUGUAGUCAAGGAUUAUGGCUGGUAUUGGGGUGACUGUUUCUUCCAGCGUGGGGCAUUAGUCUUUGAUGGUGUAUUUGAAUUGGCGCCUCACCCCAUGUACUCUGUCGGCUAUGCUGGCUACUACGGUCUUUCCCUCAUCUCCGGAAGUUAUGCGGUGUUGUUUGUCAGUUUGGCUGGCCAUGCUGCCCAGUUUGCUUUCCUUGUUCUGUUUGAGAACCCACACAUUGAACGACUUUACGGCAAACGCAAGGCGAUUGCCAAACGAACCCCACUUUUCCCAUCCGAUCAUUCCAAAAUCACUGAAGGGUCGAGCAUCGCGCCAUCGACCAACGGCACACCUGUUGCGCAAAGUAGCUCUUAUCUAUCAACUCCUGCAAUUACCGAGGCUGAGACUGCCACGGAGACGGAUCUGGAGACAGAGACAGAGAUGGAUGACGAGAUGUUGCCUUUGGCAGCCGCGAAGGCCCAAAACUUCCCGAAUAAACCCAAAGCACCUAAACUGUCGCGGCACAUGCCCAACUAUUCCAUCGACAGCACUAUCUCAUCAUCAAAUGGUGAUUCUGAGAGCAUCAGUCUGAAUAUGGCCUCUAGCCCGAGGAGCAUCAAUACCGUCGCCUCGCAGAGAAGGAAAGUGCUGUCCCAGCACGACCUUCUCAACAAGUAUUUCAGGCGCGAUGCAGUGGUUUUACGAAACGUAGACCUUUUAAGAGCUACAGACGCCAUGCUUGUCUUGAUUAUGAUGUAUGGACUGGCUAUUUCCUUUUUACCAGACCUGUCCCCCAAGAGCUCCCUGAUCCUUCAUUUUGUGCAUGCACUGGCGUGGUGUUGUCUUCACUACUUUGGACUUGGGUUGCUCCUACGUGCACAAAGUGAGAGUAAAUUUCUCGUCAGGCAUUAUCUCAAGAACUAUCAUUACGAUUACGCUCAGCAAGAUGGGGGUCAAGUCGCCGUUAUCGAAGCAUUUUCCAACUGGAAGGCUAUUUACAAUCUGAGCAUGUGUAUGACCUACGUUUCUUGCAUUGGCGUCGCUUGGAAGGCUUACAGCGUGCCAUACAAUUGGACUGUUGGCAAUGAACUUCUUCGACACACCAUCGGCGCUAUUCUCAUUGCUCUACAUGUCUGGGCAACAAUGGAGUCUUACGAAGUGCUGGGUAUUUUCGGGUGGUUUUUUGGUGACUUCUUUAUGGAAGAAUUCCCUGCACACCUCGAAUAUACAGGCAUUUACCGGUAUCUGAACAAUCCCGAAGCCAUGGGAGGAGCUGGCUACUUUGGACUAGCACUGAUCAGUGGUAGUAAAUUGGUACUGGCGCUGGCCGUAAUUCGCCAUCUUGCCAACUGGUGGUUCCUUAGCAGCGUGGAACAUCCACAUAUGCGCAAACUUUAUGGGGAUUCCCUCCGCAAAGAUGCAGGGUUUGUCAAAGUUAUGAAGAAUGUCGCUAGCAAAAACGCGAAAUUACUCGAGUCUCGUGCGGGAAGGCACGCUCCAGAAUUGAAGAGGGUCGCGAGAGAAGUCAUUGGCACCUUUGACAAGGUCUACGAGGAGACUGCGGAUGCUGUUGAGGAUUUCCUGGCCAGAUCAGCGCCAAGACUCUCGGAAGUUGUUCAGGACACGAAGAUCCUUCUUCGCCAAUCGCGAGAGAAGUUGGUGAUCACUCGUGUUGCAAAUGACAUUUCAUCAUAUGACACCUCCAAAUACCACGUAUCGGUAGUUCCGAGCUCUACAACAGGAAAACUAGCGUUCUAUUUGGGUGAACAAAUCACUAUCAAAUGGCAGGCUCCCCAUAAACACUCUCGCAAAGAUUGUGUUUAA